GUGAUCUGUUCUGACUGCCCAUCGGUUCCUGUGCUGCUGGCCAAGCUCUCCCCAGGUCUCACUGUGUAUUUCUCCUGUGCCUUUUCUCCCAUUGUGAAGCUCAGUUAAUGCUAUCCUUUUGGUUCGUGGUCUGCUCAGAUCUUCAGGAAGGUGCUUUAAACCUCCACACUGAAAGGCUGUAAAACACCUCAUCCCUUAGCUGGUUGCUUUUAACCCAGACACAUUUCCCAACUCUAGUUUAUGUUGCAGUACAACUGCUUCUGUAGCCCAGAUGAUGAGAAAAUAUGAAUCAAGGAUGUGAGUGAGGGCAGGGAUUUCCCAGCUUCGCUGCUGGGGAAACAGGGCUACAUGGACUGCUGUUGCUGUGUGGCGGGUCCCUUCUGGUGGUCUGGGGACUCUUGUCAGGGCAGAAGAGCUGAUACUCUUCAAUAGUGAUGAGGACUCCAUGCUCUGGACCCUUCGUCCUUUGGUGUGGUCCCUGCACUCUGGUCACAGCCACAUCAGGCCGCCUGGGACAAGUGCUGGGCCAGCCCUUUAUUUUAGAUGUCCCUUGUUGUGCUCUCUCCAUAGCAAAGCUGCAGCCCUGGAUUUUCUGCCUAACCCCACUGGAUCCCCUCACCUCAUUCAACACUGCUCUGAUGCCCUGAGAGUGGUGAGAAAGUCCCCUGUGAACUUGAACGCAUAAGCCUUCAGUUACCAGCCCAGCCUGUGUGUGUUCAGAGGGAGGCAUAUACUGCGGUGCAGAGUGAGACGGCAGCUGGAUUCCAGCUCUCCAAUGAUCUGGUCCAGCACCCUGCUGCCCGUAAUGUCUGCCAGCCUUGGGAACAGGAGUGCCUUUCUUGCAGGGCAGCGCUCUGCAUAGUUAAAGGAUAAUUUUGGGCAGCCAUGCACUUCUCAUUGCUUCUCUGUUCAGCAUGGAGUAGAGUUCAGCACCGCAGUCACUGAAUUGAAAUUACUAGCCCCAGCGCAAAGGCUGGGUGCAAAUGUAAUCCCGGGAUGCAGGUGGAAUUUGCUGAUGCAUCCCCACAGUGGGUGGUUUCUCACUGGUAUCUUUUUUUUGACCUGAGUCUUGAUUAGAAGAGAAAUAGGUCGUCAUCUUGUGCCUCUGUUUUUGCACCCAAUACAUGGUUCUGUAGCUGAGAGGGAGCAGUCAUGCUUAACUGCGUGGCAAAGCAGCAUGCCAGGCUGUCAGUCCCUGUGUCACUGGCAUUUCUGUGGUGGCUGAGCUGUUUCUGAGCUGUCUUGUCCUCAUGGAUGUCUUCUCAUGGCUAGCAGGACCCUCUGUUCUUCAGCUUCAACUUGCGGGUGACCUUGGGUGCUGCUUUGUCUCAGUGUGUGACUGCACUCGAGGUCACUUGUUUCCUGGAGCUGAUGUAGGCGAGGGUUGUUUCUGUGCUGUUAAACGUAAGAGUUUGUACCUAAAUACCAGGCAUAAGAGCAGCUUCAAGCACUUUCAAUAAGUUGAUUUCAGAUGAAUAUGCUUCAUCUUGCUGAAUUGAAGAGGUACAGACCCUUAUUUUGAAAUGUAUAUUGGUUUUAAAACCUGUUUAUUUUGUGUUGUUGUUAACUUGCUUGUUCAAGCUUAAUCAGAAGCCUCAGAGCUGCAAGUGAGGAACUUGGUGUGAACUAAUUUAGAAAAAGAUGUUAUUCUUUCUAAUCAUAAAGAGCAGAAAUUGCACCCUGCAAUGGCAUAGAAAACAAUAGCAAAUCACAGUUGCCUGACUCCCUGCCCCUUUGCGACUUUGGGUUGCGUGAGGCUGACAGCACAUUAUCAGGUCAGCCUGCAGCUCAUACAUUUGCAAGCUCUCGUUAUUUUAAGCAUGUCACCACAGCUGUGUUUAAAAUAACCUCCUCAGCCAAACUCAUGUGACGGAGGGAUGAUGUGCAUGCCUGGGCUCUUAGGGUCUCGUCCUUUCUUGUUAGAAAUGGGUCUGCGAACUGCUGCCGCUGCUGUUAGGGAAGCACAUGCUGCAGGGAGGCUCGAGUUGGAAGAAGGGACUUCCACUGACGCUUGGUGGGGUACGCACGGGCUGGGGUGUGUGGUGGCCCCUGCGCACCUGUGAUGUGACAUUUGUAAAGGCUGUGGCAAUGCUCCAGCUGACGUCCCAAAGCUUGCGAGCAGGCUGCGUGAUAAUAAAAGGUGCUAGCGAAAUAGUUGUAAGCAAGUGCAGCUGUACGGUCACUCCAACAGUGACAACUUUGACCUCUAUAUUGUAUGUCAAUAAGUCCAAGCCAAAAUCCAUUAAUUACUAGUAAUGAUGUUUGGGUUUGUCUUCCAGCCUGGCCAGUUUACCCUGGGCUUUUCUCAGCUCAUGUUUCUACAAUAAAAUUUCCAAGUGUAGUUUUAUUGCUGUUGCAAGCAACAGAAUGGACUCCUGCUCCUUUGCCGUAGGGUUGGGUUGGCAGAACUAAGAAUUGCAUCAAACCGUGACCUUCCUCCACCCCAAAACUCUGACCAAGUCAUACGUAAAGGGGAAACUUCCCCGACUGGUAACCAGCGGGGAUUUACCUUGGGGCAAGUGACGUGGUUUGUGCCUAGAGCCACAGGGACAUGGCAGCUGCUGUCCUGCGGUGGCCACAGCCUGGCAUAUGAAAGUGCCUCUGUCUCUGCCGGUUCUCCUGGAUGUUCAGCAGCUGCUUUGCUGAGUUGUCCUUGCAGCGAGGACAGGAGCUGGUUUGCAGAGAGACAUCAGAAGUGGCUGUGCUGGCAUGCAGGAGGUGGGACAGGCACCAUAAGCUGUCGCUUCCAGUCUCUGUGUAUCCUGACCUGUCCCAAGUGGGGGAAUGUUCUUCCUUCCAUCCUUCCUGAGCUCCUGUGUCUCCACUUGGAAACAGCAGUGGUAACUAGCCAUUGGCUGGCACAGUCUUCCCCUGGAAGCUGUACAAAAGGCCCUGACACCUCUUUCUGCAGCUGCAGCUCCGCAGCAAAACUGUUCUGGAGAGGGGCAAGCUCGGCAUGUUCCCCCUCUGCUGCGGGGCUGGGGACCAGCCCUAGCCAAGCAGGUGGUGGCAGCUAAGCUACCACUGUGCCCGUGCCUGUACUGGCCACAUGUGUGCUGCUGUUGUCACUCCAGAGCAGGAUCACACAGGGCUUCUGCUGGCAUACUCACACCUGUGUCUAAGAUGGCUGUCGGAUUCACAUUCCUUGUUACAGCUUCAUUAGGCAAAUCACUUUUAUUUUUACAGCAGGAUGAUCCACUGAUAGGUGUAAAGCUGGGUGGAGAUGAGAUAUGGGUGGCUUUCACUGCAGGUGGGUUUUGCAAGGUCAUACACAGCCGGGUGAGAGCACAGGCAAUGGCCAGGCUGACAGCACUUGUGGUGAUGCUGCAGUGACAGGCCCCUCCAGGCAGGGACACUGGGGACACUUUCAUUCACUUUCUUGGGUUUUUUUUGUUCUUUUCUUUUCUUUUUUACGUUUAUGUUUGCUGGUGUGCUGGGGUUGCUUUGUGGUUUGAGAGCGCUUACAACACAGUUGCAUUGGUGAAGGGAAUGGUGUGUGGAAAUCGAGCUUUGCUUGGUUGUUUACUGGGGAAACUUGAGCUGGGCAAGUGGCAGCAUCUGAGCCACAGCCUCUUCACUCUGUGCUAAUCACUGUGAAUGUCACAACACAGCUGGCUUUGCUGCUGGGCACAGAUUGGGUAGCGAUCGGAGAGUGUGGUACAGCUUAGUUGUACGUGCAUGGGAUUCCCUUCCCCAGGGUUUGGAGCCCCUCUGUGCUGCAGCUCGCAGAGGGACGCAGCCACCUCGUCCUCAUCAGGAGCACUCAGCAUGGCUGUACAAGCGUGAAUGAGCGGUGCAGGCACAGGCAUGGAGUGGACCUGACCCCUUCCAUACUUCCUUGCAGAGCCUGUCAGGGCAUCAGCUCUCCUUGAGGAUGUAUAAUUCCUAUGGUAUCCUGCGUGGGACAUUCCCACCUCGUACAGCCUCCAGUUGGGAUGUUGCUGACCUGGUGUGCACUGGAGACUGGGGCCUGAUUCACAGGUUGAGGUCUGGCUGAUGUAGGUCUGUGCAGGGUGUGGGUCUGUCUGACCCAGCCCUGUGCUGGGUGUGAGCCACUGUCAUGGCACUACAGAGCAACCUCAGGGUCUCCUAGCUACACUUGAACUGCUGUAGCCAAAGCUUGAUUUUCAGGUCAGUGAAGAUGCUGCUGUAGAUGACUGACUCGCUCGUGCCUUAUGUGCUAUGGCUCUACAUGGCCUCUGCAGGAGCAGAACACGCUAAUCUGGGCCCUAAACAGGAGAAGAGCUUCAGGAUCAAGUCAGGCACCCUUCUGACAGGGAGAGCUCAGCCACGCCAGACCUGGCACCUUGCUCAGCAGCAGGCGAAACCCAUCUGGAAUUUAGAGAAGUAUGUGAGUGCUUUCCAGCAUUGUGGCCUGCUGCCCUCAGGGAUCCCUCUGCAGCAAUCCUGCUUCCUGUGCCCACCAUCACUAUGCCACGCACACCCCAGUGAAGACGCCCUCCCGAUCCUGCCUGUGGCCCAGCCCUGCCUGGACCUGGGCGAGAGCACUCUGCUCCACCGACGCUCCUGUCUCAGACCCAAGCCCUACAGGUUUCCUUUCCGAAGCCCUCCGGACACCGGCUCUGCCACGGGAAGGGUGAUGUCUUCCCUGGUGAUGGAGCCCUUCCUGCUGCCUGCUCUGGUGGAGGAGCACUCUGGGUCUGGGGUCAAAGGCUCUGCCCUCAGCUCAAGUCAGCAGGCUUCCAGCUCCUAUAGACCAGUGCUCAAUAAUGACUCCUUCCUACGGCCAAGUGGUGCUAAAGUGCCUUUGCUGCAGUCACUGGAGAUAAAGAAAGUGAAAAACACCCUGAGUUUCCCCACUGCCUCAUGGCCCCACUCCGAGGAUGAUGGAGACAGCUCAUCAGGCAGCCUGGUCAAUGUAGCAGUGAAAAGCAGCAACCUUGUGUUGGAGGAAACCGUGUUCCCCUCCCCGACCUUUGUGCCCAGCGGUGCAAUGCUCAGGGAGGACCUGUGCUUGCAGGAGAACACUGAGAGGAGAGUGCACAGCUUAAAAGAGAAGGAGCCAGAGAUCAGCCUCACAGAGACUGUGCAGCAGCAAGCCAGACACACUGCCACACUCAAUGGCUUUGGACAUGUCGAAAGCUCUGGCCUUACAAACGUGGGCAGCCUGUCCGACUGGAAAAGCAGGUGGGGGCAACACAUCAUAGCGCAGCUCACACCGAAAGAAACCAUCACUCCUCUGAACGUGGAGCUGGGUAGCCAUCACCUUAACGGUAACUCGAGCCUUAUAGGCACCGAUAGUGCCGUUGUCUGCACUAAGCAUAUCAGCGUUCAUCUCUUGGCCUCACGUGCUGGCUCUCCCAUCUGCAGUGCCGACUGCCAGCUUGUGAGCAUGCUGAGCCCCUGCAGCGGGGACCAAGUGGUGAGAGCAGAGCCUCCACACCUCGCUGCUGUCUCUGAAGUGGCAACUCAGAUGUCCACCAUCCAACUGGAGAAAGAGGCUGUGCUCCCGGGAAAGCUCGAUGUCACUGCUGAGCAAUCGCCGCUGGAGCUGAGCCAUCCCCAGGAUGAAGCAGAGGAAGAACUUCCUGAUGGCCUGGACGAGAGCUGUAGUCAGGAGGAGGAUGAGGACAGUGACUCUGAUGCUUCCUCUGUCGCUGGCAUCUCAUCCAGUGGCUCUGUGGCUCUUGUAUCCAGGAACUGCACUGAGUGCCUGGCACAGCCCGCUGAGGCUCAGGAGAAAGUGCUCAAACCAGCUCUUGUCUACAGUUUAUUCCCUAAUGUGCCUCCAACCAUCUACUUCAGUACUCGGGAUGAGAGAGUGGAAAAGCUGCCUUGGGAGCAGAGGAAGCUGCUGCGAUGGAAAAUGUGCACAGUCACACCAAACAUAGUGAAGCAAACCGUUGGCAGGUCUCACUUCAGAGUCAGCAAAAAAAGCAACGACUGGCUGGGUUGCUGGGGCCACCACAUGAAAUCCCCCAGCUUCAGAGCCAUCAGGGAGCACCAGAAGCUAAACCACUUCCCUGGUUCAUUUCAAAUUGGGAGAAAGGACCGUCUGUGGCGCAACCUGUUGAAGAUGCAGGCUCGCUGUGGAAAGAAGGAGUUUAACUUCUUCCCCCAGUCCUUCAUCCUGCCCCAGGACAUCAAAUUACUCAAGAAAGCAUGGGAGGAAGGAGCUAGCCACCAGAAAUGGAUUGUAAAACCACCAGCAUCAGCCAGAGGCAUUGGUAUCCAGGUCAUCCACAAAUGGAGCCAGCUCCCCAAAAGGAGACCACUGCUGGUACAGAGAUAUCUGCAAAAACCCUACCUCAUUGGCGGGAAGAAGUUCGACUUGAGGAUCUACGUUUAUGUCACUUGCUAUGAUCCCCUCAGGGUCUACCUGUUCAAGGAUGGAUUGGUUCGCUUUGCUAGCUGCAAGUACUCCUCCUCGAUGAAGAGCCUCAGCAACAAGUUUGUGCACUUGACCAACUACAGCGUGAACAAGAAGAACACAGAGUACAAGUCCAACUCGGAUGAGACUGCUUGUCAGGGACACAAAUGGGCACUCAAAGCUCUCUGGAGUUACCUGACUCAGAAGGGAGUUAAUAGCGAAGCCAUCUGGGAGAAGAUUAAGGACAUCGUUAUCAAAACCAUCAUUGCAUCUGAGCCCUAUGUGAACAGCCUGGUGAAGAUGUAUGUGCGGCGGCCGUAUUGUUGCCAUGAGCUUUUUGGGUUUGAUAUCAUGCUGGAUGAAAACCUCAAGCCCUGGAUCUUAGAGGUCAACAUUUCCCCAAGCCUCCACUCCAACUCCCCACUGGACGUGAGCAUCAAGGGCCAGAUGAUCCGGGACCUCCUCAACCUCGCCGGCUUUGUUCUGCCUAGCCCAGACAGCGUGGCCUCAAGGCCACAGACACAAAGUGGCUCUACCUGCAGUCUGGGCAAUGCUUUGAAGGAGAAGCCCAAGCCACCAUCUGAGCAUUUCAUAGCAGAGAGGGUAAAGAAAGCCUAUUACUUGACACAGAAGAUACCUGACCAGGAUUUUUAUUCCUCUGUCUUGGACAUCUUGACCCCAGAUGAUGUUCGCAUCCUGGUGGAGACAGAGGACGAGUAUUCCCGUCGCGGGCAGUUUGAGCGGGUGUUCCCCACCCACAUCUCCAUGCGGUACCUGCGUUUCUUCGAGCAGCCUCGUUAUUUCAAUAUCCUGGUGACCCAGUGGGAGCUCAAAUACUACUUGAAUAAACACAAAGGUCUGGAGCUACUGAAGAACUGGUGUGUCAAAGGCUACCACACUGGGGCCGGGGUGGAUUUGGCCCAGACGUGGUCGUUGCCAAAGUCUUUCUUCCUCCAGAAGAGCAGUAUUCAAUCGAAUGGCUUCAGCAAACUGGAACUGGGUAGACUGGGCACGGGGUCUCCUUCCUCCUGCAGCACACUCCUCCCUUUGGCUGGUGAGGACCUCACGAGAUGCCUGGAGCCCAGCCCUACUCAGAGCUUACCUCUCAACAAGUGCACUGGUGGAGGCGACCAGAAACCUGCUGGCUGCCUCUCAGACACUGCCCUGGUGAUGUGACCAGGCAGCCACCGUCCCUCCCCAGGGACACCUCAACCUACCUCAAAGGAAGAGACGGGAACUGGCUCUGGAGAGCAAGGACUGUGGGAGCCCCCUGCACUGCACCCUUGCUUGUGGGGCUGGUUUUAGAGAGGGAUGUUGUACUGGGAAGAGAGCUGUGUGGCUUCCCUUUCUAAAACAAAUGACAAAGCCUGGGAAAGUGGGCUUUGUCUUUGUCCUAGGCUGUUCUUAAGGCUUGAUGUGAUGGUGGUGGUUUCUUUGCUGUGUGGAAGCUAGCUGAGCUUGAACUCAGCCUGGUCUUCCUGUCCCCAGCCAGCACGGGCUGAGCCCUUACCCACCUGUCUCUGUGUGCUUGUCCUGAGCUGCUGGGAGCAGGGUCAGUUUCUGCCCUGCUGCAGCCUGGCUGCUGGAGAAAGGUCCCCAGCCACCACCCCGCUCCUCUGGAAGGAGCAGGGCUUGGGACUUUCAACCGACCCAUUUCAUUUUUUCUGAAUGCCUGUGCCAACAUCCUGCCCUCCCACAGCCUCUGAGCCUGGGGGAAACUUUGGGCUUGCCCAUAGCUGCUUGAGGAGACCAGCAUAGCUCCAGUUUGUGAUGGGGACAGUAGUGCUGCCAGGGAGGGAGCAUCCUCUCGAGGCUGGUGGCUCUCCUGGGUGACCUGCAGCAUGUGUGUGGGGACUGCAGGCAUCUUCUCCUGGGCUCUGCUCUCUAUUUUCCCUUUGUUUCUCAAGGAUUUCUAUUAAAGUUUAACACUCA